GGAUGAGUACGUCUCGAGCAAAGCUUUGAAGAACAAGACAACUUCAAAGAACCGAGCCGUCAGUAAAGCCAAGACGACUUCAAAGGCCGGAAAAGCCACCAAAGGAAAGGUAGUUUCGAGCAAGAAAGCUGCCAACAAGGGUACGGUGGGCCGUAACCGCAAGACGAGCGCGAAAGGCAACCUCGUGCGAAACAAGGCUACGAAGAAAGGCUUAAAUACUUCAAAGACCCCUAAAGGAAAGGCCACAUCGAGGACCAAGUCCACGAAGGGCAAGACCGCAAAGAGUUCCAAAGGGCUUACCAAAGGCAAAGCCGCGUCUAAGAACAGAGUCGCAACAAAAGGCAAAUCUGCUGCGUCAAAGUCAAGGAACAAGAAAGCAAAUACUUCGCUCAAGAAAGGCCGCACUGGCUCUAAGGGCAAUGUCAACAGGAAGCAGAAGGGCAGCGCCGCGACCACGAAGUCACGCAAGGGUAAAUCUCCGGGCCCCAAGUCAAAGUCGUCCACAUCUAGAGGCAAGAAUGUGUCGAAGAAGCAAAAGGGCGGCGCUGCGUCCACGAAGUCACGCAAGGGCAAAGCAACAAGCUCAAGGUCAAAGACGUCCAUAUCUCGAGGCAAGAACGUGUCGAAGAAGCAAAAGGGUAAUGUCAACAAGAAGCAAAAGACCAACGCUGUCAAGGCAAAGUCCAAGGCGAAUAAGUCCCAGAAGUCGACUCGACCGUCAACUAAAAAGUCUCCUAGUCGUACGAAGCAGACAGGAUCCAAGUCAAAGGGACGUAAAUCACCCAAGAAAGCGACCAAGUCAGCAGUAUCAAAGAAGUCGACGCAGCGAAAGACAAACGCAGGUGGAAAGCAAGCAGGACGAAAGAAUCAGUCCUCGAAAUCGGUCGGCUCUAGGAAACAGGCACCCACAAAGAAGACUAGCGCAAAAGCCGGAGUCAAGAAGGCGUCGCCGAAGCAAGCCUCAGCGAAGAAAUCGAGCUCAAAGCAAGCUGGACCGAAAAAGUCUGCACAAAGAAAAGCAGCCCCAAAGAAGAGUGCAACGAAGAAGCCGACCCAGAAUAAAGCCGCGUCGAAGCGACCCGCACAGAAGACCACUCCAAGGAAAGCCGCACCAAAGGCUACUCCAAGGAAGGUUGUAUCGAAGGCAGCACCAAAGAAGACAGCUCCGAAAGCAGCACCAAGGAAGGCUACAGUGACGAAGGCUGCACCCAGAAAGGCCGCUCCAAAAGCUGCUCCAAAGAAGGUCACUACUCCUGUCAAAGCAGUCGUCAAGAAAUCUGGCAAAGGCGAGAUGUCUGUUGUACUAAAUAGGUGUCUCCCUAGUGGUGAAUGUAGACGUGCAAUAAUGACUAGUGACCGUAAGGGUGAAUCUUACUACUGUCGUUGUGAGGAAUCGACCUAG